AUGUCAAUUUCAGCUGAGGAUUUGAAAUCAAUCCUUCAACAACAACAAGCGCAAUUUGAACAAUCGCAAUUGCGACUUAUCCAGCCUCUCACUCAAGUCAUCAAUCUCCAAACUUCAGUUUCAUCUCAAAGUGGUAGUUCACUAUCCUUUGCGGAUUCCAUUGCUGCAACUAUAACUGAAUUUCACUAUGAGCCAGCAUCUGGUCUCACCUUUGAUUGGUGGUACAGCCGUUGGGAGGAUACAUUCUUGAAUGAGUUCACCGGCAAAGAUGAUGCGUGGAAAUCCCGUCUCUUGGUACGGAAACUUGGAACCCUCGAACACGACCGGUUCACCAACUUUAUCCUUCCACAAAACCCAAAAGAUUUGACUUUUGCGCAGACGGUGGACCAACUUCGCGAAAUUUUUGGUGACCAACAUUCACUUUUUAAUGUCCGAUACAACUGUCUCAAGUUGGCCAAGCGUGAGGCCGACGAUUACGUUACUUUUGCCGGUAUCGUUAAUCGCGAAUUGUAUUCGACAGUCUUUAACGUUCACACUCUGAAACAAGCUGGACAACACAUAGCUCCUGCAUGUUCGCUGGACUCGCUUUCUGUUGAUGUGUGCUAUCUGCCUGUUUGCAACGAGGACUCAAGACCCUCCACUUCGGUUCGCGCUCGCUGCCGGUUGUACACCUCCACUGAUCCAGAAGCCACUGCAGUUGGUCCUGCCGAGAUUGCGCGCAAGACGCGCACACUUCGCUUAACCACUGAGAAGCUCUCGGAUCCUGAUGCAAAUUCUGGAAAAUUAAUCGCAGACAGGGAUAGGAACCAUGGUCUGAGCGCAGCAGGAUCGUUGUUGGUUGGUUCCUUUCGCCAGAGAUGUGCCAUUCGCAGGGCUGAAAGACAGCGCGGUCCCAAACCUACCGCUGCUCCACCAACUCGAGUCUUACGGGAUUCAAGGAAAAAUCCUUUGCUGGAUCAAGGCGUUCUUAUCGUACAGAUCAUUCCGAGUGAGAAUAGGCUAGACCUACUCCUCUCCAGCGUCGGUCCCCAUCGGACUUCCUCAAGGAUCCGUCCUGAGAGCACUGCUGUUUCUGAUCUACGUCAACGACUUCCCAGAUGUUCUUGCGAGCCAUGUCUACUUUGUGCAGACGACUUGAAAUCCUGGAGUUCCAAUUCCACUGCCUUCAAAAUGGAUGUAGACGCUGCCAAGUAA